AUGCAGAAGAGAACCCUCGCCUCGCCAGUGAAGUUACCCCUAGCCCAGCCGGGGACGCGCGAAGGGGCCUGCGGAGCUGCGCGUUAUUCUUCGGGUAGUUGUGGGGGCGCCGAUGAGGAGGUCGGUGUGUUGUUGGUGGUUGAGGGCUUCGGUAUGGGGCGGGGUGAACGCGAGCCAAGAGUUGAAUUUUGGUAUAGAAAAUUCAAGGUUGAGACUUCGGCUUGCUGGGAGGUGCGAGAGCGAGGCGUUGUGGUUUUCCUCAUUGAUGUUUAG